CUCUCUAAGGCUAUACACAAUUUUGCCGUUUAGGGUUUUUAGCUCUUUGUAGUCUCCUUCCAGUUGCGCGCCGCGAGGUUAAAGAGACGCCACGCCGGUGUCCACCUUGACAGAGCUAAACCCUCGUCUUGGUCCUCGCUCUUGUGUUGUAUACCCCUCUCCUCAGUCUUAGGGUUUUAGUGUUUUCUCCGUUUGUUGUAGAAAAUCUAGAAACAGACAGCGAAAAUGGUUGGGAAGCCGUCGAAGGCCGAUAAGAAGCUCGCCUAUGACUCCAAGAUGUGUCAGCUCUUGGACGAUUACAGCCAGGUCCUGAUUGUGGCUGCAGACAAUGUUGGAUCGACCCAGUUGCAGAACAUCAGGAAGGGUCUGAGAGGUGAUUCGGUGGUGCUGAUGGGGAAGAACACUAUGAUGAAGAGGACGAUUAGGGUUCACUCUGAGAAGUCUGGCAACAAGGCUAUUCUCAAUCUGCUCCCCCUCCUUCAGGGGAAUGUUGGUCUGAUUUUCACUAAAGGUGAUCUGAAGGAAGUCAGCGAGGAAGUGGGAAAGUACAAGGUUGGAGCCCCUGCUCGUGUUGGUCUGAUUGCACCAAUUGAUGUUGUUGUUCCUCCCGGCAACACUGGACUCGAUCCAUCUCAGACAUCUUUCUUCCAGGUGCUGAACAUUCCCACCAAGAUUAACAAGGGUACUGUUGAAAUCAUCACCCCUGUGGAGCUGAUUAAGAAGGGUGACAAGGUUGGGUCUUCAGAGGCUGCCCUGCUUGCCAAGCUUGGCAUCAGGCCAUUCUCUUAUGGUCUGGUGGUCGAAAAUGUUUAUGACGAUGGGUCUGUCUUCAGCCCUGAGGUUCUCGAUCUGACUGAGGAUGACCUCAUGGGGAGGUUUGCCUCUGGUGUCUCCAUGGUUACUGCACUCUCACUCGCCAUUGCAUACCCAACACUGGCUGCUGCUCCUCACAUGUUCGCCAAUGCCUACAAGAAUGUCUUGGCCAUUGCCGUGGAGACUGAUUACACCUUCCCUCAGGCAGAGCAAGUGAAAGAGUACUUGAAGGAUCCUAGCAAGUUCGCUGUUGCUGCUGCCCCUGCUGCAGCCAGCGGCGGUGCUGCUGCUGCACCUGCUGCUGCGAAGGAAGAGGAGAAGAAACCAGAGCCUGAAGAGGAGUCGGAUGAAGAUGGUUUGGGCUUCAAUAUCGAGGGCUGUGUGGAUCUUCAUGCUCCAUUCUCUAAUGCUCGUGGUUUACAGCCUCAUCUCCUACAGUAUCUUCUUUCUCUCCACCUUGGAUAUUUGUUGCUGUCCAUCCCGUUCGUCUUCUGGCUGAUGCAGAAUAGGGCAAUCCGAAUCUUGACCAAAUUAAUCGACAAACGUAUCCGGCGACAUGAGGAUCCAGUUAUCAAACAAAGAAUCCUCGAGUUGAAGGCCUCCUCAUCCUCGGCCUCGAUCGUGCCUAGUCCCGUGGCUUCGAUUCCUUACGUUUUGGGCGUCAAUGCAAUGAAGAUAUCGGGGAAGAUGUGGACCCUUGGUCUGCUAACAACCUAUGUUGUCGGCGUCAUACGCAUCACAAACGUGCCCGAAGAUGAUGAUGGCAAGUUGGAGUUGGCGAAAUCCGUCGGUCUCGUCUGUGUGUGGAUUUGCUGCCUCGCCUCGAUUUGUCUGCGGAUUGUUCCGAUCCUACGACUCAUGAAGAUGCAUGAUGGACUUACCCGCUUACAUACGGAAGAUCCUGUUAUCAGGAAAAGGAACUUGCAGUUGAAGAAGAAGGAGAAGAAGAAGAGAUACAAGGAGAAUAGGAAGAACAAGAUGAAGAACUCCUCCUCCGUUUCGGUGGACUCUGCUGGGUUAACGUAG